CUUCUUUCCCGCGGAGCCAGUCUGUCUUUUGAAAGGAGCACUGCCGUUUAUUUACACAUCCUGCAGAAUAACCAGCUUCGGCAAGCUCUCGGACACCUUUUUCUCCCCCUUCACAGCUGAAGCUCUUCUCAUUCAAUGGGUCCAUGUGUGGUGCUGCUCUGCUCUCUGUUCGGAGUUCUCCUCGGCCAAGGAGCAGAACAGAUCUCCAUGGAGCACUGCUGUCGAGAUGGACAGACGCGUGGCAAUGACAACCAAGACUGUACGUCCCUGCCUCUCAUCUCAGAGUCAAACACAUGCAGGAUAGUGCAGGAGCAGUGCUGUGUAGCAGUGCUUGAGGAUAACAUGUGCACCACCGGUAUCAACAUGGCCAAAGACCAAGGAGCCUGCGAUUCUUUAUUUACCAACACCUGCGAGACCAAGACUACAAAGAUGUGCUGUGACUGUUGUCUUCUGGGAAAGGCGACCCAGGAGCGGGGCCUAUCUUGCGACCACAACCUGUUGGUGGGCUACCAGUGUGGCCUGGUGUCCCGGGCCUGCUGCGUGGAUGGAGCCCCUGACAACCAGACCACAACCACUGCAAAACCUGAAUUACUAAACACAGAUGAAACCCAAGACAAUGGAGACAAUUCAGUAUUAACUGAUCAGUGCAAUGGGAAAUGUGCUCAUAACUGUGUGGGCAAUGACACUUGUAACUGCUUCAAAGGCUACAAACUCAAGCCAGAUGGAAAGAGCUGUGAGGAUAUCAAUGAAUGUUUGAUUGGAGCCAGCAACUGUCGGGCAGGAGAGCGUUGUAUCAACACAGAGGGCUCGUUCCGUUGCCAGAGAGAGGUCAGCUGUGGGACUGGCUAUGAACUCACUGACACCAACAAUUGCAAAGACAUUGACGAGUGUGAGACUGGCAUCCAUAACUGUGGCCCGGAGUUUGAGUGCCAAAACACUCAGGGCUCGUUCCGUUGUAUGCCGAAGGUCAAGUGUGGUGCCGGUUUUAUCCAGGAUGCUCUCGGCAGCUGCAUUGAUAUCAAUGAAUGUGUCAGCCAGACAGGCCCGUGCCACCGCGGGCAGAUCUGUAUCAACACAGUCGGCUCCUACAUCUGUCAGAGGAACUCUGUUAACUGCGGUCGAGGAUAUCACCUCAAUGAAGAGGGCAAACGCUGCGUUGACAUCGAUGAGUGCAAUGGCCCUGAAAAGGUCUGUGCAGGUCACGGCUGCAUCAACCUGAUAGGCUCCUAUCGCUGUGAGUGUGAGCCCGGCUACAACUUCAACAGCAUCAGUCGGGUUUGUGAGGAUAUAAAUGAAUGCAGGCACUACCCUGGCCGCCUGUGUGCCCAUAAGUGUGAGAACACUCUGGGAUCCUACAAGUGUAGCUGCACCACCGGCUUUAAACUAGCUGCUGAUGGCAGGAAUUGUGAUGAUUUGAACGAGUGUGAGAGCAACCCAUGCAGUCAGGAGUGUGCCAACGUGUACGGCUCCUACCAGUGUUACUGUCGCCGGGGCUAUCAGCUCAGUGACAUAGAUGGCAUGACUUGUGAAGAUAUAGAUGAGUGUGCCCUGCCCACUGGAGGCCAUAUUUGCUCCUAUCGCUGUCACAACACCCCGGGCAGCUUCCACUGUUCCUGUCCUGUCAGUGGCUACACCUUGGCACCCAAUGGGCGCAGCUGCCAGGAUAUUGAUGAAUGCGUGACAGGAACACACACAUGCACAGUGAAUCAGAGCUGCUUUAAUGUACAAGGAGGAUUCAGAUGCCUUUCCUUCGAGUGUCCAAACAAUUACCGGCGUGUUGGAGAGACACAGCAGAGGCUUGUACGCUCUGACACCAUUCGCUGUAUAAAGUCCUGUCAGCCAAAUGACGUCGCCUGUGUUCUGGACCCCAUGCACUCAGUGUCCCACACCUUCAUCUCCUUGCCCACUUUCAGGGAGUUCACAAGGCCAGAGGAGAUUGUUUUCCUGAGAACCACGGUGCCGGCUUACGGGUCCUAUCACUUAGGCAGUUACGACGUCAAGUUUGACAUUCUGGAGGGCAACGUGGAUAACGCCUUCGACAUCAUCAAGAGGGUAGAGAAUGGAAUGUAUGUGGGUGUUGUUCGCCAGGUGAAGUCUGUGAUUGGUCCAAUGACCACAGUACUGAAGCUGUCCAUGCGCAACCUGACAACUCAGGGCGACUCUGGCCAGAACAUCAUCAACGUCCACGUCUUCGUCUCUGAGUUCUGGUUCUGAGAGAUGGAUGCCGAAUUAUACCACAUGUACUAAGACACCUACUGUCAACACUGUACACAUUGGUUUUGUUAUAUCAAUGCACAGAUCAGUGUCGAGGUUUUAGUGUUAUGUUUGAUUACUUUUGACAGUUUCUGAGAUGAAAGGCUACAAGCUGCUUCUGAUGAGAGCACGACACUUUGUUUUGAUGACAAGCUCGGCCUGAACUGCACUCCUGCAUUGCAUUCGGCAUAAUGGAGCUAAAUAUGAAGAAACUUUAUGUUAUUAAAGAUCUCUUAAGAAAUGAGUCAUCCAGAAGGUGUUUUAAAAUUGAAAGUGCAUGCAUAUAGAAAGGUCAUUAAAGGAUACAAUGAUUAAAUUCAACAAUAUUC